AACGAGGAGGAGGAGGGGGAGGAGGAGGAGGAGGAUGUGGAACAGGACCUCGGCGAUGAUCAGGAGCUCGUGGGGGAGGAGGAGGAGGACGACGACAACCCCUUCCUCUCGGACGAUGAGGAUGUGGAGGAGGUAUUCCACAUUGACAAGCCCGUGCACUAG